UGCGGGCCUUGUUUAAUAUUGACUAGUAAUUUUCCGUUAGGAUGGCCCUACCCAAGCCGGAUACUCCUACUUCACGUAAUUCUCACAAACAAAACAAGCGGAGGUUUUACAUAGAAAGAGUGGAUUGAAUCAAGUUUCUUGCAUUUUUCUCCUCUAAAUUUUCAAAUCGAAUCAAUUUAAUUAUCAUUAUUAUUAUUGCAACAGUUUACAGCAUAAAUGCGAUUGAAAGAGGAGCAGAAAGUAGCAGAAAUCAUAAUUUCCAAUGAAAAAAAUGAAGAGUCAUAGUGGGUGGGCCGAGCUGAACCUCGACUUCCAGCCAUCGAAAAAGAAGUUAGCCCCGAUAAAAUCCGACAAAACUUCAAAUAAUGAAAUUAUUGAAACUUUUGCUCAUGAUUUUGAACACUUCGAUUACAAAUCCAUCAAAAGGAAAAGUUUAUUUGGAAUAUUAGAAGCCUGUCAGCCGAAAAAAGCUUCAGAAUUAUCUGUGAGCAAGCAGAAGCAGAAUGAGAUCAUUGAGUGGCUAAGUUCUGAAACCGUAACAGGGAAGCCGAGGAUUUUGCUGCUUUCUGGUGCUUCUGGUUGUGGAAAAACGGUCACUCUUAAAGUAUUGGCUGAGGAGAAUGAUUUUGACGUAAUUGAGUGGAUCUCUCCAAUGGAUUCUACGUAUUCUAAUGAUUUUAAAUACUUGAAUCAAGGUGAUAAAUUCAUGGAGUUUUUGGUGAGAGUUACGAGGUAUAAUUCAGUGUUUAACAGGUGUAAAAAACGCCUUCUACUGGUUAAAGAUAUUCCCAACAUCUAUUUUAUGGAUACGGAUGGUUUCCACGAAGUCCUGAGACAAUAUAUGGAAUUGGGGAAACAACCACUGGUAUUUCUAUGUCCUGACUCGGAAAGCAGUAGAAUGAUAUAUACACUGUUCCCAACAGAGAUUAUCGAAAAAUUUCAAAUUGAUAGAAUUAAUAUUCUCCCCACUACACCUACUGCCAUGAGAAAUAUGUUGAAACGUGUUGCCAAUAUCUUAAAUGCAAGAUUUGGGGAUAUGAUUGAUGUGACACAGACUGUGAUUGAUGAAGUGCUGUCUAAUAGCAUUGGAGAUGUUAGGAGUACGAUUUUGAAUACCAUUUUUGCAUCAUUAAAAGUACCAAAUGAUCAUUCGAAAAAUGAUUGUGGGACUCGGGCAGAGAGUUUGGGGCUUCUGCAUGGUAUUGGACGUGUCAUUAAUCCCAAACGAAUAGUUAAUGGAGACAAAUGGAAAUUCACGCAUGAUCCGGAUGAUAUUGCUGCUUAUUUCAGAUCGCAGUCGAAGAUAUUCUUUCAUUUUUUGCAAGAGAAUUAUCUGAAUACAAUGGGAAAUAUUGACCAGGUGGAGAGGUGUUCUGAGAUCAUGAGUCUGGCAGACACAAUCAGUAUCGAAUAUCGAGAGGCGAAUUUGAUAAACGUGAAUUUGUCGCUAUGCAUUAGAGGAGUAAUGGUAAAUAAUGAGACUCCUUUGAUGAGAUGGAAUCCAGUGAGAAAACCGAAAAAGGCAGAUCCAAAAAUACAAAGAGACUCGGGAGUAGCAGAGGAACGGUUUUAUAAACAAUUGAUCAACCCAAAAAUGUCGGAGAGUACUCUGGGUGUAGAUUAUAACAUUGAGAACUGAAAAAUGAUAAUUAUUCCUCAGUUGUAAAUGUUCUUGAAUUAAAUUAUUUUGUUUUUUCCCUAUUAGAUCCAUUGAUUCUGGAAUCAGGCUAUUCUUUUACCUUGAUGAAAGUAAUGAGUCAAACUCGAAAAAACUUCGAAACUCUUACGUUUAAAAAGGGAUAUCAAAAUUUGUGUAUUUCUUUCACUCGGAGAUUUCAACCAAUAUCUCUCAUUGGGAAAGAUAAUUCGACUAGAUCUUCGUAUAAUUAUCUCACAAACUGUCAAUAUUAUGGAAUGAUGUCAAUAGAUCUAUUAGGCACCAAAAGAAGGCCCUUGAUUGAUUCGUCUGACAAUGACCGUUGUUUCCCAAAGAUAUUCACCAAAUAAUCAACACAUUGACUGGAGAUUCUUGAGCGAUAGUCAGUUGCAAGAUCUUAGAUAAAUUUGCAAAAAAUUUCGCUGACAAUAAAUGAAUAGAUAAUAAUCAACACAUCAAUUUUGUAAUACUUUUGUCAUCGUCUGGAUUUAGGGAAAAAACGGUGAAUAAGCUCAAUACAACGUAAAUCCUACAAAAAGUGAUUUAAGUAUACAUUUAUUUUCGUAAUCUAAAUCAAACAUUGAUGUUGAUAAUUGUAUGAUUGAAUCGUCCAUAUUUUUUAAUAAUUUUUGUUUUCAAUCACACUAUUAAAUGUAUUUAAAAUGUAA